GCUGGGCUUGCCACCUCUACGCCGUUAGCGUGACUUGGCGCACUUGGCGUAGGCGCGCUAGCAGGGCUUGCGGUGCAGGCGGACGGCGGCGGCGGCGGCUUGCGGCGCGGGCAGAAGAGACCUGUUGGAACAGUAACAACAGAUAGCAGAGACCUGGGUAAUGUAGUCUCACAAGGGGAGGAGACUGAAACCGGGAAGCCUUGAAUGUGCGUUCUCUAGACCCAAGAUUUCUUCCUCAGACAGAAGUUCAGGAUGACUUUCUCCUAUCAGAGAUGGCUUCUGAAUGGGGCCUGAUGGACACAAAGCAUCACCUCCUCUAAACACGAGAACUGCAGCCAGGGGAGCUCCUGCUGGUCCGGAGCUUGGAUUUUUCUCCCUCUUUUUCCUCCUUGGAGAUGUUCCAGAGGUUUACUCUGUUCUCUUCCUCCUCACCUGAAGUCUGCCAGGGCAAUGAUCCCACAGCCAGAUCCGACCACCAAAGAGAGAAGAGGAUUGUGCAUUUAAAGCUGGGCGGUCAUUGCAAUUGAACUGAAAUUUACACUCUCCUCACACUCCUGAAACAACUGCCUGUUCCUCUGUUUAUCUGUGUGCAUCUUGAGAAGCUGCUCUCUGACUCUGAUUUUAUUCUGAGUUCCUGGACUUUUCUCACUGAGCCUGCCCAUGGCUUUCCUGAUGAAGAAAAAGAAGUUUAAAUUUCAGACUAGUUUCACGCUGGAGGAGCUGACGGCUGUUCCCUUUGUGAAUGGUGUUCUGUUCUGCAAAAUCAGGCUGCUGGAUGGAGGGGACUUUGCUAGUUUGUCUUCCAGAGAGGAAGUGCAGGAGAACUGUGUCCGCUGGAAAAAGAAAUUCACCUUUGUGUGUAAAAUGAGUGCCAAUCCUGCCACUGGCCUCCUGGAUCCCUGCAUCUGCCGAGUGUCUGUGCGUAAGGAACUGAAGGGCGGAAAAACCUACUCCAAGCUGGGUUUUGCUGAUCUGAAUCUGGCAGAAUUUGCUGGCUCUGGAUUCACUGUCCGAUGCUGCUUGCUGGAAGGAUAUGAUACCAAGAACACCCGCCAGGAUAACUCCAUCCUAAAGGUCACAAUUGGAAUGUCCUUGCUCUCUGGGGACCCCUGCUUCAAAACGCCUCCUUCCACAGCCAAAUCCAUCACCAUCCCAGGACAGGACUCCUCCCUGCAGUUGACCUGUAAAGGCGAGGGGACUACCAGUACCAUCAGCAGCUCGGCCACUAUUGGAGCAGUGCGUCAGGCCAAGUCGAGACCCACUAUUCUCAAUCCAGGUGUUCCAGAGGAACCAGACCAGAAUCUGUCCAGUCCAGAGGAAGUAUUCCACUCAGGGCAUUCACGGAACUCCAGUUAUGCCAGCCAGCAGUCCAAAAUCUCCGGUUACAGCACGGAGCACUCUCGCUCCUCCAGUAUGUCUGAUCUGACUCACCGCCGGAAUACAUCCACCAGCAGCAGCGCCUCUGGGGGGCUCAGUUUGACAGUGGAGUGUCCUGAGGGAGAGCGGGACCACAAACUAGACAAGCCACCUCGCCCGCCAAGACCAGCCAUCCUGUUGGAUAGAUCAUCCCGAAGGAAAAAAGAUUCAGUGGAGAGUCACCCAACGUGGGUGGAUGAUACUAGGAUUGAUGCUGAUGACAUAGUGGAGAAAAUUAUGCAGAGUCAGGAUUUCACAGACGUCAGCAAUACUGAAGACAGUAACCUGAGGUUGUUUGUGAGCAGAGAUGGCACAACUACAUUGAGUGGGAUUCAGCUGGGAAACAGGGUCUCAUCUGGAAUUUAUGAGCCAGUGGUGAUUGAAACCCGUUAAAUGUGAAGAAUAGGGUAGAGCUGCUGGCAACAGACCUCCUACCCUGUCCUCUGCAACACGGAUGCCAGUCUUUACCUCUCUACAUGCAACAUUCCAGAAGGGAUUUCUCCAGACCACUCCCCUUACGUUUGCACUGCAGAACUCCUCCGAGACCAUACCACUCCAGAGCGUGCACUUUUCCUGACUUGGCAUUAACUCCCCACUCAUCCCAGUGCUUCGAAACACCCCUGAAUUCCCUGCAGGUCCAAGGGGUCUGUCUGGAAGCCUUCUCUUUGCUGGAGGAUGUUCCUCCCUUCCCCAGUCCCUCAUUCCACGCAUUGCUUCCUUACUAGGGAUUUCUUCACUCCUGUAUCUGCAAACCAUUGGGUUGUACCACUGUGAACUUUUCAAACCACUGAAGGGGAAAACCAGAACUGACAAACCAGAAAAGCAGCUCCUUGUCGAAACAAUGAGCUGGCCACUUGCAGGAUACUUGAUUCCACUGAUUCUGCAUUGUGGAUUCCAAGGAAACUUCACCUCCGAUGGCAACAUUUUACUGAGCAGUGAAUCCAAAAAACCAAACCCCCCAGUCAUCUGCUCAUAGGAAACAUUUCCCAAAAGUGCAUUUCAGAAAACUAAUGGAACAGACAGAGAUGGAACUCGAUGUUAAAGGUUAAAUGCUAUCGCUUGUUAGCAUCACUAACUGCAGUACCGCCUUCUAUUGCUGGGCAUGGGAGGCCAUUUUCAUCAGUUGGUAUUAGCAGGAGCACUUUAGAAAUUCCAUAUGUGCCCAGAACAGGAUGUGUAAUUUGGUUGUGAUGAUCUCUUCCGUCAUGGCAAGGGUGGCUAAACGGUUGUCUUUCCCAACCAGAGCCAGUGAGGGAACUGUUUUUGGUUGGCCCUUCGUGCCAUGUGAGAAGGGAGCCAUUGUCAAAGUCAGUCCCCUCCUAUGCUGGGGAGCAGCUUUGACUAAUGCAGAAAGAAAUGGCUAAAUCUCCACUACUUUGGAGUGGAGCCCUCCUGCUGCACUAGCCACAGCAGCCAUUCUCCUCUGCUCGUGAGAUGUGAACUCUGGGUCUGACAGGCUUACAAUUGGUCUUCUUGGUUGAUCUUUUCAUGUUUGAGCUUUCAAACAUUAACUGCUCUUUUUCCUGGCGCGAUGUGGCAGAAAAGAGGUGAGCCUUUUUCAACUCCCACUUGUAGAUUUCUCCUGGCAGCUGAACUACAGGUCAGGAUCUGUGCAGGCUCCUGCCUUGGGUUGGCUGCAGGCUGCAUUUGCAGCCCUUUCUGUACAAAUGCUUUCAGCCUAUAAGCUAUUUCUGUGUGGUGCCCGUUCCUUUUUUGCUGUUGUCCUGUAGUAGCACUCGGCAGCCAUGCACUUUGACUAACAGCACACUCCAGGUCACUGGCUACACACGUGCGCGUGCACACAUCCUAUUUCUCUCAAAACACGCUGUCCCAUUUUAGCAGGAAGAAGAAAUUGGUAAUGGAUCGUUUUUGUUUUUCAAAUUCUUAAUUAUGGCCAAGCUUUUUUCAGGACUAAAGGUUGUGUCCCAGGGUAAUUAGAACGCACGUAGAUGAGCUGCUAGGAAAGGCAAUUCCACUGAAGACUGCAAGACUGAAGGGGCCUGGAUUUUUAAUCUGACUAGCACUGGAGGCUUGGAUGGGGAGGAUUCUGUGAGCAGCAUAGCAAGGCUGGCUCUAGCUAUUCAUGCCACAGACCUGCCAGUCCCUCUCCUUGUCUACUGUGGCUGUGCAGACAGCAUCUGGGGGGCACUUUUUUUCACCCACCUACCUUCCCCUCAGAGAUAAUUAACUAAUCGUGGCCUAGGCCCAUCAAACCUGGUUGAACGUGGGAAAGAGCUCCUGGUUGGACCAAGUCUGUCCAAAGCCAAGGCCCUUUUGCUCUUGCCUAUAUUUUAAUCAUCAUCGGCUCUCCGCUCAGGUUGGCACCAGGUAGCAGGUUGGUGAGAUGCCGAGCUGGCUUAGGUAGGGCUGGCUCUGCACUGUUUAGGAUUCCAAAGGUUUGGAGAAGGGGGAGAAUUAGUUAGUUGCCUCUCCCCCCAGAGCUGCUGCCAGAGAGGCUGGGUUGGCUGGCACAGUGCCCCUCCAUUAGUACUUCACACUGCUUUCCCUGUGGGCAAAGGCACUCUAUGGUGCAGAGCCUCCUGAAGAUAACAGGAGCGAUGGGUGAACGGUGGGCAUGCAGCACUCCUGGAAACCGGCUCCUAAAUUCCUGCAGCCUUCCAGCAGCAUUUCAAGGACUUGAGAGGAGACAAGUAACACCGGAAUGAGUCCAAAGCCAGAUCAGUUUAGCUGUUUCCCCCUGGUGUCCAUCUUGCUUGUUACUCCAGCAAUGGCUGGGAACCAAGAGCUUUUGUUCUGGACUCCAGCUGGCAAGAGAGGUAACUGAUGUGGGAGGGGCCGUUUGCUGUGACAUGUCACAAAAUGCCCUUUGGGAUAAAGGGAGAAAUAGCUCCUUCGAGGGAGACAAAAGGAGGAGCAGGUUAGCUGUCAAGAAACUGUGUCCUCCCCUGUCACCAGGCAGCAAGCAACCCUAACCUCUGAUCCUGAGAUGCUGGAGAGCUGCAGCCUUUCUGUAGAUUGCUGUCUCUGGCUUUGCAGCAGUUCAGUGCUCUGCUGUUUAAAUUCUUGACAGUUUUUGUGCCUCUUGGUCUUGUUGCCUGGCAGUGGUUGAUGAGUUUGUAGACGUUGGUCUGUUAGCAGCUUUUAGCUCAGACCCCUCCUGUUUUGACUAAGAGAGCAGCCCUAGUCAUGUGGAACAAGUGAGUACAGCUAACCUUUGAUUGUCCAGAACAGGGCCCAGGGAGGAGUUGUCUUUCCGCAUACCACACCAAAUUCCAGCUUCGCAUCCCCCCUCACAAGUGAUGCCCAACAGUCCAGCAGCCUGGUGCUGCAUAUGUACUUCGGAGCACAAAGGGAGGCUGAAGAGGCAUUGGGAUCAUCUGGGCAGCAGGUCUGCUGCCUGGUUGGAAGCUUUGUAUCUUGCAAGCACUUUUUUUCCUCAUGGCAUUGCUGGUAUUAGUUGCUAGUUGGGAUGCUGAAGAAUAUUUUGCGAGUUUGUCAAACUUAAACCACUGGUUAAUUUCCAAGUUUUUUUCCUUGAAGUUUAUUGAAUUUUAAUAAACCCAGCAGGCUGGUGUUGUCAUUGUUUCAUUGGUAUUUUAUUCCAGGAGGGUUAAGGGAGGUAACUCUCUUCCUCCCCCAGUUGUCCCCUUCUCAGGGGAUCCAGAAGUGAACUAGGCAAGGAAAGGGCCCUCUAGUGAGAUUUUGCAUCCCUGGUCUCUGGUGCAGGAGAGCAGGAUGGUUAAGCUGGGCUGACCCAGGGGAGCAGAGCUGGAUUCCCUGCUCCCCUGCCCUCAGCCCCCAGGGCCAAGUUGGAAUGGACUGGAUUCCACAUUACAACAGAUUAACAUUUCAAGGCCUUUCUAUUUGGAAGCCCACUGCAAAGUGUGGGGUCUUCAGCCUAAUAUCUUUUUUUACUAACUUUUUUAAAGAAACCAUAAACUGAAGAAUUAUCUGGGGAAGGGCAGAUGUAAAGGUCAUGACUUGGCGUAGCCCCCAAAUGAGUCAGAGAAGGAGACUGGCUCGGCUCUGCUCUGGGUGGGAAUGAGAAUGGGGAAAGGAUGACCUAACCCCUCCAGUUUCUCUGUGACUGGCACUUUAAAUGGGAGCUUUCAUGCUGUCCUGAUGAUUUAAGGACAGCCAGUUUCUUAGUGUCUCCCCCACCACCACCCUCUGGAGGAAAAGUUUAGCCCUUUUAAAUGUUUGUUUUGGUUUUUAGAGUGUUUUGAACUGGGCUGAGAUCUGAAGAAAGUUGUUGCUUUAAAGUGUAAUAGGAGGGGUUGAUUUUAUUUUAUUGCGUUGUUUUAAAUUCAUGGUUGUGCAGCUGGAUUCUGCACUCACCACCCUCUGGGAAACUUCACUCCAGGUACGCUUGAGACUAGAGUGCCCAGGUGAAAGGCUCCCCUCCUGGAGAGGGGAGCUGAGCAAACUUUCCCCACCCUGUUCCCUUGCUGCCUUACCUCAGGAGCUGCUAACUAAUUCAUUGCUCCUCUCCUCUCCCCCAAUCCCAAGCUGAGGGAGUUGCUGCUCCAGUGACUCAGUCCUGUAGACAGGGCUGAUCUCUAUGGGCCUGUUCCCACAAACGCUGCGCCUGGUAGCGAGUUUUUGUGGUUCUUACAAGCCGGCACCUCUACCUAAUGGGCUGAUCCUGCAAAGUCCAGUCCCCAUCCCCCAAGCUGCAUUUUCCAUCAGCCCUCCUCUGCAGUCCUAACCCAGUCUCCUCUGCAGCUUCGUGGAGCUGUUGUUCCUUCCCAGUGGGUAGGAGUGAGCAUAGAAAACCUGGGAAAUCACAGGAACUUGGAAGGUUUGAGCUGGAGGUGCAGCUGAUCCUCUUACUUGUCUUGAGAGCAUAAGAAAAUGUUUGUUAAAGCCCAUAUUUUUUCAUGUGAGGGGAAAGGGGAGAUCGUUUUAUUGUCUUGAACAUAAAUUGAGCUCAGUGAUCUUCAGAAGAGAAGCGUACUCGAUUUAUAUUCAGAUGCUAUAGAGAGAGAUUACAGAUAUUUUUGGAAAGGGAAUGGGUCUAUGCAAACUUCCAAAAUGGCUUGAAAGAGAAUUUAACUUUUUUUUUUUUUCCUUUGAAAUCUAAAGAAGAGAAAAUCUAAUUUUUUUUCACAAAGCAGAAAUGCGUGGAGAAAGAAGCUACUUCCACGGCUCUAUUUUAAUGAUGAUUCACGGAAAGUUUAUGGGCUGGAGAGAGUGACUAUUUUUCACCAUUUUUUAUCUUGCUCCUCUAGUUUUUGUUUCUUUUCUAAUGGAAUGCUGUGCCGUCUUUGAUUCAGCAGAUCGUGUCUGUAUUUUCUGUAUCUGGUUCCUAAUGUAGAGAAAUAACAAAUAUAAGAGGAAAUCACUAUAAUGUCAAAUGUUGUUACGGUUUUGGGGAAAAUAAAGGUUUUUUUGGUACUUCA